AUGUCAGUAGUCGCCGGCUAUAGUUCAGCAUCGGACUCUGACGAGGCUUCGUCUACACCAAGACUGGCCAACGAUACACACACUUCCAUAGCCGGUGACGGUCGCAAGUCAUCUCAGGAAAGUGACGCUGCUAAACCAAAAAGAGUCAAGAAACAAGCCAAGGCUGGAAAGAUCAACCGUGUUAAGAAAAGGCGAAAAAGCCCGUGGGCUUCAUGGUCUUCCUCCGAAGACGACGAGGAUAAUGGGUCUUCGCAUAAUGAGGGUUCAAAAUCAAUAAUCAGCGAUCACCAAGGUGUGUAUCAAGAUGAUGAGCUCGACUUGAAGGACGAAAGAGAAAUGUCAAGACUGCAAGAGAAAAGUGAGUUUCAUGGGCAUUCAUUGGUGGAUUAUCAAGGCCGGUCCUUUCUAAAUCCUCCUAUGGAAGAAGAUAUAGACUUCACGAAGGAACCUCUUUCUUUCCAGACUUUUUUACCCAAGAGGCUAAUUCAUAAGUAUCCGGGCCAUGGUAGUGGCACAAAUGUGAUACGAAUGCUACCAAAAACUGGGCAUCUUUUUCUCUCUGGAGGCAACGACAAUGAGCUCAAGAUUUGGGACAUGUACCACGAACGCCAAUUGCUGCGUGAUUAUAAAGGUCACUCCAAGGUGGUUCGAGACGCCAAUUUUAACGACGAUGGGUCCGAGUUUGUAAGCGUUUCCUUUGAUCAGCACAUGAAAAUUUGGGAUACAGAAACAGGUGUUGUAAAACAUCGUUACAACUUUUCUAGUACACCAAACUGCGCUGAGUACCGCCCAAGCAAUCCGAAUGAGCUGGUAGUCGGACUAUCAAGUAGCGAAAUUAGACAUUACGAUUUACGAGUGUCUCAUAAGAAUGGCCUAGUUCAAAUUUAUGACCAUCAUCUAUCGUCAAUUAUCGCGCUAAAGUACUUUCCUGAUGGAUCUAAGCUCAUCAGUUCUUCUGAAGACAAAACCAUGCGCAUAUGGGAAAACCAAGUGAACAUUCCAAUCAAACAGAUAAGUGAUACGGCACAAUACUCGAUGCCAUAUGUCGCAAUCCAUCCAGAGAAUAACUACUUUGCGGCCCAGAGUAUGGACAACGUUAUCUAUACGUUUUCCAUGAAGCCUAAAUAUAAAAGACAUCCAAAAAAGAAGUUCGAAGGGCACAGGUGCGCGGGAUAUGGAAUUGAAUUGACAUUCUCUCCGGAUGGUCGCUAUAUUUGUUCGGGGGAUACGCGAGGUCAAGUGUUUAUAUGGGAUUGGAAAACAACACAUCUGUUGAAGCAGCUUGAAGUUCCCGAUAAAAAGCCAGUUACUGCGAUAGCUUGGUCGCCUCAAGAAACAAGUAAACUGGUUUGUGGAGGCAAUGGCGGUUACAUUUACUUAUAUGACUGA